AUGCUCCUGCUGUGGCUGCCCUUCUUUCUCCUCCUGCGCACCUCCACUUGCAUUUCUCUGCCCAACAAGCAUGGCUUCAUAACCACCCUCAACCAUGCCUGGGCAAAGUCCCCCCACAACAAAAUGAAAAACAGAAGAGGAGUUAUCUUUUCCCAAAUUGAAAUAAAAAUGCCUGCCCUGUCAAGCACCAUGACUUCUGGCAAAAUCGUCAAAUGGAACAAAGACGUUGGGGAGUAUGUUAACCUCGGCGACAUCAUCAUGACGGUCGAAAGUGACAAAGCAGACAUGGACGUGGAGGCCUUCGACGAGGGCUUCCUCCGCGUGAAGCACAUGGGAGACGGGAGUGAAGCGAAGGUCGGGGACACCCUCGGCAUUCUAACCACGGAGGAAGACGAAGAGAUAGAAGCGCCUAGUGACGACUUCCCAGCGGGAGGGACCACCCCACAGGGAGGGAUCACCUCACAUGGAGAUAUCACCCCAGAGGGAGAGACCACCCCCCAGGGAGACUCCCCCCACGCACAGGCUCCACAGCCCGCACAACAACAAACAGGUGAGCGCAAAAUAUUUCUGCCUUUCGUGAGCACCAAGAGGAACAGGGCGAGGAUAAGCAAAUGGACGCGCAAAGAAAAUGACCGCAUCGAGAAGGAUGAAGUCCUUUUUCAUGUUGAAGACGACAAAAGCACCAUCGAGGUGGAGAGCCCCUGCAACGGCGUCGUCAAAAAGAUUUUCAUCGAGGAAGGGCAGUUCGCCGAUUUUGAGAAACCGGUCGCCAUCAUCUCCCCCAGGAAGGCAGAAGACCCCCCGCAGGGAGAGCAAACAGAGGACGUCCAACCCGUAAACGAAGAAAACGUCGUGAGGCACUACAGGGAAGCCCUCAGCGGCACCCGGGAAGGAGAACUCCUCCUGCAAAACAUGAGCGCCUCCGACAAGCGAACCAUGGAAGAGCGGCUCCUUCUAAACUACGACAAGUACACCCCCCUUUCGAGGGACUUCUUCAGCUCGCGAGACGAUGGCACACCUGGGAAAGGCUCAACGGGUCAGAAGCGGGACACGGUGAUGGAGCAGAACAAGCUAACCCCGGCAGACAUUAAAGGAACCAAGGUACCUGGACGUAUAACAUACGAAGAUGUGAUUUCCCACCUGGAGCGCACCAAAGGAGAGACCCCCGCGAAGGCAAAAAUAAUUGAACUAACCAACGUGCAAAAGGCAAUCAAAAACAACAUGAUGCGCACGUUAUCCAUUCCCGUGUUCCGCAUCACUCAUUUUAUAAAAACAAAUGCUCUCCUAAAACUGUAUGAACAAGUUAAGGACAAAAUUAACAUGACAGUCCUCCUGUGUAAAUGCGUGGCCAAGGUGUUGCUGAAGCAUCCCAUCAUUUACUCUACCUUCAUCGAUGAGGGCGAGGGGAAAAUAUUAUUUAAUGAAGACGUUCACAUUGGGAAUGCCCUGGGAUUGAAGAACUCCCUGCUGACCCCCGUGCUCAAGCGGGUUAACAAGGCGGACAUAUACACCCUGGCCGGAGAGUGGAAGAAGCUAGUCGAGAAAGGCAAACAGGGCCUGCUGACGGCCGGCGAAAUGUCGGGCAGCAACUUCUACAUCUCCAACCUGGGCAUGCUCAACACCUACCAGUUCGACGCGACGCUGCCCCCAAACGUGUCGUGCAUCCUGUCCGUCGGCACCAACAUUGCGCGCGUCGAGAAUUUGGAAGACCUGAAGAUCCAGCGGGGCAUGAUGAUGACGCUCACCUGCGACCACCGCCACAUUUACGGCUCGCACGCGGCUGCCUUCAUGAGCGACUUGGCGGCCUUCGUCGAGCGGGACAUCAUGCAGGUCUUUCUGUAG